UUCACAGGCACCUCUAGCCCAUUAACUCCCUCAGGAAGGGCCCACAGGGGCCUGAAGACCCCCCUCAUCGAUUCCCCAUCAACCCCCAACCAAAACCCACCCCACAGACACCUGAACUCCCCCCAAAAAUCAUUUCUAACCUCAAAAAUAUCUAAAAACAUUUCUAACCUCAAAAAUAUCUAUUUUCUGCCCCAAAAGCAACUGAACUCAGAUGUCUCCCAUAAUGCACCAUAUGCUCUCGUGCUGUCAAAGGAUCCAGCAAGACAGUACGUCUGCAUCUACUGCAGGACAGCCUACACAAAGCCCCACAUUCUGAAGAAGCACAUGAUGUCCACCUGCUACUGGAACCCCCACUCACGUGCCUCCAACAACCCCAAGCCCUUCCCCUGCACCCAGUGCUCAUCCAGCUUCAAUCAUCAGUCCCUUCUGACACGUCAUAUGAACGUCGACUGUGGGAGGAUUCACCGAUGCAACAGAUGUCUAUCAACCUUCAAUCACCUCAACAGCCUCCAGAAGCACAAAUCCAGAUUUGGAGGGUGGACGUACCCCAGGGACAUGGACGAUGGCUGUCUGGACCCCUGUGAGGACCAGGGGAAGUGCCAGUUGAUGAAUCAGAGGGUGGGAGGUGUCAGGAUGGCGCCUGAAAGUGAUUACAAGUGUUGGAGAUGUGGAGCGAGGUACAACAGACUGUCGAACCUGAGGGCACAUGUUCGUGAUGACUGUGGGAGGGUUCAUCAGUGCGAGGAGUGCAGGGCCAUCUUCAAGCAGAGGAGUGGGCUGUACCAUCACAGGAAGCGAUGCAGAAUGUUGAAGACGUUGGAUCCAUCAAAAUUUUUAAAAACUUUGACGUAUGUUCCAGGCGCCCUGGACGUCGAUAUCUGCUCCAACGAUCCACUCGAUCCUUCAGAUAUCGAGAUCCUGAAGGUCGAGGGAUAUCAGACGACGGAUUCGCAAUCGCAACUCCCAGAGGAUCAUCCCCAGGAAGAAAUCCUUGACGACGUCGAGGGUGGCAUGCCCCAACUGUCUCGCGACCUUCACAUCCCAAGGAUGUCUCAAUUAUCACACACGUCACAACUGCGGAAAGAUGAGACAGUGCACAUACUGUGGUAUCGUCCUGAAGAGGCUCCAGGACAUGAAGUAUCACUUCAAGAAAUUCCACCCCACGUGCCCCUUCGAGGAAAAGGGUCACUUCCUCGACGAAAAAAUCGAAAGGAUCAGCUGGGGAACGAGAGGUAUCCCUGUCCCAACUGCAUGACAGACUUCAAGUACCUCUUCGACCUGACGAGACACCAGAAGUUUCGGUGUGGACAGGAGGCCAGGUUCAUGUGUCCUUACUGUGGACAAAUGUCCAAGGUCGUGUACAGCCUCUACAGGCACAUCAGGUCCAGGCACAGGGGUCAAACUGUCUACGUGGUGAACGCCAACAAUGGCGAGAAACACGUGGCCAGGACGUACCCCUGCCCCAGCUGCAGGAGUGUCUUCGGCCAGAGGAGAUCACUCGCCACUCACUUGAGAUACGAGUGUGGACAACCACCACGAUUCAUGUGUCCUUAUUAUCACUGGGAUAAUCCCUACACCAUCAGCAUCAAGACAUUUCCACCGAUUGUAGAGCCCAAGAGAUUCCCCUGUCCCAAGUGCUCCUGUGCCUACAACAGGAGGGACAAUCUCCUGAUGCAUCUUCGUAACGAGUGUGGAAGACUUCCAAAGUUCAAGUGCCCGUACUGUGGAUAUCGUUCGAAGAAGACGUCGAAUGUUCGGGCGCACAUCAGAAAUGUUCACAGUGGUUCACAAAUUUAUGUGAUUGACAUUGAGAGAGUUGAGCAGCAAAAGAUGAGAAUGAAUUUAUAAAAUACAACUGAUUAUUAAAAUAAAUAAUUCACUACGUAA